GAGCCAGGACUUUUGCAAGAGACAAUCAGUAAGUUAACCUACAAGAGUGAAUAUGCGACAAAUUAUACAGGGGAACGUGUCCCAAUACAGAACAUCCGAAUUCCAACAGGAUUAAGGCCGUGUGUUAGGAUGUCUGCAUGGGACGAGGCUCAGAAACCAGAGACCUCUCGGGUGAUUCAAUUACCAUUUCACCAAAGGCGAAACCAUCCUGCCAGAAUAAAUCUGCAAGGAUUACAGCCAUCGCCAACCGCAAGAGCAAAAAGUGCUGUUCAAAGACCCAGCAGCAACAUUUCCGAAUUGAGUCGAAGCAGUGGUCGGAAAUCUACGAUUCCGAUGUCGGCAGGCUCGAGGCACGAAAGACCUGGUAGGAAAGAUUUAUUCAACCGACCCCACAGCUUAGUGGCACGAAGACCGCAGAGUGAACUUUCGCGUUAUCCGAAAGAAUUUCGUUACAUUGACAAACAGUGCUUCUUCCAUCCGGCGAACGAGCCAACGAGAGGCUUCUUUGUCAUCAGCCCAGACUGGGUAUCCGAGCGUAGGAAUUACUUUAUACGCAAGAAUACUUUGUUUGGUUAAGUUAGCUCGGUCUGACUUAGGCCAAUAAUCACUGAUGAAUUACUAAUGAGUAUCGACCCUGCUAUCAAAUUAACAUAACCUAUAAAAAUGAUAAUCAGUGUUUACACUUUCAUUUUGGAAAAUUGAGUGCUUUCGUCAGAAUUUUGUCAUUACAGCAUCUGAGUCUGUAAAAUACACAUUUGUAUAAACUCGAGGUACAGUGUGAAGGUCUUUCUGAAACCAAGAGAUCACAAUCUCUUGCUGAAACGUAACAGUCCUUCUUCCAUCUAUGUUUUGCUCAUAGCCUUGUGACUGGUCUAAAUUUGAAGGUUGAGGAAAAGCAAUUAAACCGCGAAGAGCGAUUUCCUCUUUCUAUUAUCGACCACGAGGGCUACUCGAAAUUAUUUCCCUUCGACAGGAAGCAGUUUUGCUCUCGAUCGAUUGGAAUCAAUCUUUUCAAUUGACGACCAAACUCAAAAUCUGCCAACGUUCUAGCCUUCAUAGUGCACAUAUUAUUUUUUAUUUACUUGCAUGUUUUUCUAAAACUUAAAAGUGAAGGACAUUUUUAUUGUCAAGAAAUAUCACUUGGACUAUGGAAAAAACGUUUAGAUUUCAGUGGAAAACAAUCGCAUUAGAAAAGAAGGUGGUCAACUUUUAAACUAUCCAUUCUCCAUUCCCACCAUGGAAACCUCUCAGACUCCGAAUUGUGAAAAGAUGCAAUCUAUUUUUUACACCACGAACAAUAGUUUAAUCGACUUCCCGCACUGCGCAAGCUAUUCAUAGCACGAAGUUACGUUUAUGCAAAAAUUGAGCGCCUCUAUAGGCUGUUUUCACGAGCGCUUAGAACUGAGGAACGUAUAACAAAUUGUAUGAUUGUUUUGAAUCGGCAAAAGUACUGUGAAGGUGUUAUUUUUAUCAAAAAAUGACUAAUCUCAUGAAGAGAGAAAAUCAAUCUGUAGAGCAAACAGCUUCACAUGAUAUUCAUUUCAGAUAUGUAUAAUUAUCAAUUCAUGCUAAUGGUAAUUGUUUACGAUUGUUUUGUCUCCAAUUCAUGCCGUGCGAGAAUCAUGACUAUUUCCUACAGAGAUUGGUAUUCAAAAUAGACGCUUCCUAUUAAAAAUUUAUCACAGUUAAUGCACUAUCCAUAGCAACUACCUUCGUUGACAAUUUGGACACAAGAAAGUUAAGCACCGAAAGCAAGUGCAUUAGAACCGUAGGUCAGUCUUUUACAGGCUCUUCCUUUCAUUUGGGUCUUCAAACAGCUCGAGACCGAUUGUUCUAACUGAAGUUUGUUUGAAUCCUUAAAUGCGACAUUUUUGUGAUUGAAACUGUGGGCUGAGUGUUGAAUACCAGCUGGAACUGCGAAUUAGAGAUUGAACCAAUUUUCGUGUGAGCUGUGAAAGGUAUCAACCUCAGCUCCUUGUGUCAGAAGUGAAAACAAAACUUAACUGAGACGGUUUCCCUAAACGCUGAACUGCUGAAAUCUCCACAUCACCGCUAUAACAGAGGAACAAAAUGGAGAUGCUUUACCCAGGGUAUCAAAGCUACUUCAAUAGAUUUCUUACCAAGCCAUUUCAAACCGAGUAUAACACAAGAUAUUGCCGCUCAAAUGCACCUGUCCUGUACAGUCAAGUGCCGAAAUAUACAUGGCUCGGACCUCGGCGGCCCACGGUAGCUUCGAAGUAUGAGUUAGAGGAUGCUACUAAGCUAACCUAUCUCAGACCACCGUUUGCCGCCAGAAUGACAAGCUACGAACCCGAACAAAAAUACCUGGGGCGAAAAAUUGGAGGUGCUAGAGAUUCCGUGCAAGGUCGCAACAAUUCUUUGGAGGGAAAAGGUUACCACUCAACAAAACUUCCGUACGUUCCUACAGAUGGCAGGUUUAUCGCUUCAACUCCCAAAAACGGAGGCUCGCCUUGUGAGAAAGUUGACCAGGAUAGUUCAUCGCACGAAAGCUCAUCGUCAGAACCAGUGCAACCACUUUCAAGGAUGAUUUAUUCCCUUAGCGCUACAGGUUCCCCAAAAUACCCCCACGUAACCACAUCCUCACGUGAAAAAGCCUCCGCCAAAUUCUCACAGUCACGAGAUAAGAACAUACUGGGGAGGGUGGCUCCCCGACCCUCAACUCUGUUGUCUAAGCAUCCAAAGGACGUACGCUACGUGCGCGAUACUUGCUUUUUCCAGCCAACACUGGAGAGAAAGAAACACUACUACAUUGUUAACCCGAACUGGUUUUCAGAACAACGGGUUACCGUCCCCAAGAACAAUGUGUUCUCAUGA